AUGUCAAGUUCGUCCCUAGAGCCCGAAAAUGUCGCGCCCACCGCCGCCACGACGCCCGAGAGCAAUCAGAACCAAAGCAGGCCGUGGAAUCUACCUCCACGAGUCCAGUCCAGCUCCUUGUUGACACAGGCACUCACCACGAACUACGAGACGGAUGAGCAAUUAAAAAUCCCCUCUACUCAAUCGCCAGAUACAUAUUCACCGCCCGUGCAAUCCUCACUACCUCACAAUGACACCGAGCGCAUUGCCAUGACCAGUAUUGAAGGCGGCCUUUCGUCAAACAUUACUGUAAAUACAGGCCACAUACUGCCAGGAGAUUCAGCAGGAGAUAUGACUACAGCCUCGACCCUGUCCAGUUUCUUCGAUACGAGAGGUGUUGAUUCGCUUCUCAUGAGCCACAAGGACCUGUUGAAUACCAGCAAAGCGCGCGGGACCUCUUCAGAACGUACAGACAAGGAGAAAAGGAUACAAGAACUUCCUAAGGGCAUAAUCUCGUCAAAUUCUGGUGACACUGGUCUCUCACGACCUGCAACUCCUUUGAGACCACCCUCUACUGGCUCAAUAUCCGCGAAGCCUCCAACCGAAGGGGUCCGCGCAGAGUACCGAUCGUGGAGAGAUGCUCGCCCCGCCAUGGCUGCAGAGAAGGCAUGGUCCAUCGGAGAGCAUGGCAGCCAUAAUAUUCAAGGUGGUCAGGUCGAGAAGUCUAUUGCUGAAGCACUUGCCGGUGUCGAACCAAACAACCGGAGCAGGAAAGCAAGUCAUAGUCUGCGAUUUUUCAAAGAGGGCCUUCCCGAAGACAAGUCUUUCAAGAAGGACUCUAAGAGUAAGGGAACUUCUAAGGAGGGCUUGAGCCGGGGUAAGAGCCCCAAUGAGAUGAAAUUUAAAAGCGGACCUCAUUCACCACGCGAAGGUAGCACACCCCAUAGCUCUAGCCCAUCUUUCGACAAUAAGCCAAAUCCUUUUGAGCCCAUUAUGGAGCAUGAGGCUUCCAUAACAUCACAUAACUUUAGCCAGCCUUCAAAUCCCACAGAUGGACUUGCUACUGCGGAAGGCUAUUUUGAUAGCUCACAUAAUAUCGAGAUGGUAUCAGAAGAGCAGCUGAAGACCAUGCCAGUCCAGCUGCUUGCUGAAAUCCGAAAACACCACAAUCUGACUCCUGGCGCUACAAAGGGAUCCUCUUUCUCACGAAGCAUUCCCGUUACUGCCUCGGAGAGACCACAGUCCGUGAUUACAAAGUCGGAAUCAGCUGGAGAAGGGUCCAUUGUAACCCCUAGCGUCGAAUUUGAAAAGCCUUCUGACGAACACGACGGAACCAAUGUCAAGGUUGCCGACGAGGAAGAUGAUUCGGGGGAGGAGCAAAUAUCUUCGGCUCUCUUUGUACCUCACAAGACUCAUUAUGAAUCUCCUGAGCGUGAGAGGCGUAUGAGGCUAGGUAGCCUUAGCAAUGCUGAGGCCAGCGAGAUUAACCCAGAGAAUUCGCAAUGGUUGGAAGAACAUGCAGUCCCCUCUUGUGAUGUGGAUGGGAAGUGCACAAGCCAGGAGGCUAGAUCUGGGCUACAGACGUCGCCUGUAGCCACAAAGCCAUCAACUCCACAUAUCGAUUCUGUGGUGCCUCCACCUAGCGCCAAAGCCCCUGCUUACACUGAACGUGAUUCUGAAGAUGACGGUGGAUACACAACGCUUGGGGAAGAGUCUGUUAUCACUGACGACGACACGGAAACUACCCCCACUGGAUCUUUGAAGGUCAGCAGCCAGGUACCGACCGCGGCCAAUCAACGUCUACAUGAUCACCAGCAAAAGCCGAAGCAACCUCUGGAGACCAUCGAACUGAUACCCUAUCGCCAUCAAGUCGGAGGCCAUACAACAAUGUGGCGGUUCUCUAGGCGAGCGGUGUGCAAGCAGCUGAACAACCAGGAGAACAAAUUCUAUGAGACUGUCGAAUCGCACCACCCGGAGUUAUUGAAGUUUCUACCAAGGUACAUUGGAGUCCUCAAUGUCACGUUUGAAAAGCAAAUUCGGCGCAGGUCAACGAAAAAAGAAGACCCUGAUGCGGCCAACGAACGUCAAGACCUUGCUCAAAAUGAGUUGGAAGAUAAGUUCGAUGGGGUCGUUCAUAACAAAGCUGUCAAAGAGAAUGUUCCAGCAGCAGAUCAAGAAGAGAUGCGGGUCAUAAGCCAAUCUCUCAAUUCUUCUCCUCAGACAAUUCCAACCGUCACGGUUGCAGAUAAUAGGCAUAUUCUGCCAUCAAGCUUCUUGAAGCCUCGCCCCUUAAGUGCUGACUCGAAACUUCCGUCCUUAAGCGACAAUAUCACCGCACAGACAUCGUCAGCACGCAACCUUGGCUCAUUCGGCGUUCAGGUUUCCGGCGGCGAGUCUCUUCAUCGCCCCGCGCUUUACGACAAGCCUGCUCACAGCUGGGGUGCAACAACAGUUAAUAAGGACUUGCGCAAUGAGGUGUUUGCUGAUGCAUUCCUGGGUCAGCCAAUCCCAAUUCAGAGUUACAAAAAGCCUGCAUCUCGAAACCGGACAUUGCCUCACCGAAAGGGGUCUACGUUGCGCCCUUCGAACUCCGAAUCAAGCUUGCAGACUGCCCAGCAAAUCCAGACUGCUUCAAAGCCGGCCGAGGCAUCGAUUCGGAAGAAGGCGAUCAAGACAGCUGCCGAGCGUAUGACUGGCUUGACGUCCAUGACGGAGGCUGAGGCUGAGGGGACUGGGUCUGAUUGCCAGGUCGCAGAGGAGGGAGAGACUGUGUUCGAUGAGAAAGCCGGCACGAGUGCACCCGAACCUGAGAUAAUCCACUCCGACGGCACUCGAGCAAGCAAGCGUCAAAGGCGUUACUCGAGCGGUGGUCUCCGUCGGAGACCCUCGGAGGUAGCGGAAGAUCGAGGCAAUCUCAAGUACUUCGAAGAAGCAGAUGACGCCGGUUACAAGGGCGAUGCCGAGGAGGAAGUCUUUGCCAUGGAUGCGGAACCUGUAGUAAAAUCUUCUGAGGCUGCUCAAGCAGAAUCCCAUGCGUCUGCCGAUGUCAAAGUGGACGAUGUAAAUCACAUGUCUGAUACAUCCAUGGAAGUUGGACCCGGCCGUAUGCUUCCUGCUGGUCCUGAAGAGCCACCAUCCAAGUUCCUGAACAUGCCUCGGCCAGUGAACCCGAAAGAAGCACGGGCUCAGCCCGGUUCACGUGUAGAAUACUUCCUCCUCCUCGAAGACUUGACAGCUGGCAUGAAGCGACCCUGCAUCAUGGACCUCAAGAUGGGUACUCGACAAUACGGCGUCGACGCGAAUGAAAAGAAACAGCAGUCGCAACGUCGCAAAUGCGCAGCCACUACAUCUAAGGAAUUGGGAGUUAGAGUGUGUGGGCUGCAGGUCUGGGAUGUGAAGACUCAGACGUACAUUUUUCAAGAUAAGUACUUUGGGAGAGACCUAAAGGUUGGGGCGGAAUUUCGCAAUGCGUUGAAGAGAUUCUUGUAUGAUGGGAUCGACUACUCGAGUGUGUUGCGCCACAUCCCGACGAUUUUGCAGAAGCUCUCCAAACUAGAAGUCAUAAUUCGAGGGCUUGCGGGCUAUCGAUUUUAUGCCGCCAGUCUCUUGAUGUUCUAUGAUGGUAAUACCGGUGAGGUUGUAGGAGAAAGCGAAAAAGAGGAUGAGAAGGAAGUGCGUGUCAAGCCCAAGGAGAUUGACUUCAAAAUUGCAGAUUUCGCAAACUGCGUCACGACGGAGGAUUUUUCUGACGACAGAGCUUGUCCUCCCUCGCAUCCUGAAUCGCCCGACAACGGCUUUCUUCGGGGCCUGAGGAGUUUGCGACAGUAUUUCUUAGCAAUUCAGAUGGAAGUGCGUGCCGAAAUGGGGUUAGCGGAGUUUUCGGAGGCAGAGCGCAAUGGUGUUGACGAGACUGACGAUGAGGGAAGGGUCAGUUACUGA